AUGAGAGAUAAUCCAAGUACUAGGGCUAUGGAUAUUCGUAAGAAAAUCUCAAGAAAGUGGAAUAUGAAUGUGACUAAGUCAAUGUCACGUAGAGCAAGGGCAUUGGCCAAUGAGGAAGUUGAAGGUUCUUUUAAUGAACAAUUUAAAAGAAUAUAUGAUUAUGCCCAUGAAAUUCUGAGAUCUAAUCUGGGAUCAACUGCAAAGGGUUUGCUGCCUGCUGUACAAGACAUUUUGUCAGGAGCUGCUCAGAGAUUUUGCAUGCGUUACUUGUAUGCAAACUUUAGGAAAAAAUUCCUAGGAAAAAAUCUGAAGAAUCUGAUGUGGAAGGCUGCAGUGAGUACUUAUCCACAACAAUGGGAAACAACUAUGCGGAUGAUUAAAGAAGUUAACUUGGAGGCAUUCAAGCAUCUAAUAGCCAUACCUUCUAGGUCUAGGUUCAACCCAAGGUCUAUGUCUGACACAUUAGUGAAUAAUAUGAGUGAGGCUUUCAAUGGUGUGAUUGUUGAGGCGAGGAGCAAGCCUAUCAUAACUAUGAUGGAACAAAUUAGAGUUUAUUUGAUGGAUGGAUGGGCCACCAACAGAUCAAAGGUGACUGCAAUAGAAGGGCCAAUCUGCCUAAGAAUUAAAUCAAGAAUGAAAGAGGAAUCUAAAGAAACCAAAAAUUGGUUACCAAGGUGGUCUGCAGAAAAAAAUUUUGAGGUUAGGCACACAUUCAAUGGGGAGAAAUUUGUUGUUAACCUAGAUACCAGGGAGUGCAGCUGUAGAAAAUGGAGUAUCACAGGGCUGCAUUGCUGUCACUCAUUGGCUGCAAUGAAAUUCUUGAAUUUGGAUGAAGAAGAGUUCAUACCUCUAUGCUUCAAGAUGUCAACAUAUGAGGAGACUUACCAGCCAAUAAUAUACCCAACCAAUAGACAACACCAGUGGGAUGCCACACAAUAUCCAGAUGUUUUACCUCUACCAAAAAGAAUCCUACUAGGCAGGCCAAAAAAGAAAAGACGUCUAGAAGCUUGGGAAAUGAAGAAGAAAGAUAAACAUGUUAUAUCUGUGAAGAGAUCAUGUGUACGAAAAAAAUGUGCUAUAUGUAUGGAAGUUGGCCAUUUCAAAAAAACUUGCCCCCUUUGGCCUAAAGAGUAUGGACCUGCACCUGCACCAGCUUCUGCACCACAAACAAGAAUUGCAUCUGCAUCCUUUUUGUUAUCACCAUCUUCAAUGCACCAUUUAAAGAAAUUGCACCCAUAUGAAGCUCCACUUUCCACCCUGUUAUUCAAAAAAUAA